GGCCAGGAAGGGGGUGGAGGGGAAAAAGCCGGGAAAAAGAGGAUGCUGGGAGAAAAAAGCCAGUGAGGUCAUCACUCGGCGCCCCCCUCUUUUGGUGCAAGCCGUCUCUGUGGCAAUUGAUUUCUUUUAUUUUUUUACACACACCCCCGUUGCGCUUGGAGGGGCUGUGAGGCUGACGUCGCUUUUCUCUGCCGUCAGAUCCCCCGCUCGGCCUGGCACACGCCCGGCUCUGCCGUCGCCGCUGGCCGGUGUCGGCGCUCUGAAGGCUCGCGCGCCUCCUCGGAGUGGGGGCGGGAUACUCUUGAUUUAUAUGGUGCUAUAACCACCUCCAAGGAUUAUAAAGCUGAAUUCCAUAAACUGUGAAGUGAAGGGCUGAAAUCAUGAGCUUGUUUAAUCUGGACCGCUUUCGCUUUGAAAAAAAAGCCAAUGAAGAGAAAGUUCCUUCUCCCAGCCUUCCUGCAGACCAAGAGGAGGCUACUGCUUCUGCUUAUUUGGAUGCUGUAGAUCAAGUUCCUGCAGGUCCUUUGGUUUCAGAAGACCAAGCUGCUUCUGUUAGGGAAGAUGACGAGCUUACUGAUCAUAGCAGCAGGCCUGCCACUCCAGCAUCAGAUGUUGCUACUGAUCAUAGCAGCAGGCCAGCCACUCCAGCAUCUGAUGUAUCAGAGAAAACUGAUGACUCCAGUGUCCCAGAAACCCCUGAAGCAAAGAGGACAACAAAAAUUUCUUUUUCAAAAUAUCGGAAAGAAGUUAUUGAAUUGUCAUCAGAUAGUGAAGAGGAAGAAGUACCACCAAAAUGCUCCCAAGAGAAGCAACCCACUGUUCCCACAAAGCAACCCACUGUUCCCACAAAGCAACCCACUGUUCCCCGAAAGGAUGUAAUUAUAAUCUCAGAACCUUCUGAUAGUGAACAGGAUGAAGAUGAACCAUCAAAAUCCAAACAUAGAAAUGGUUCAGCCCGGACAUCAAAUGCAGUAGUGGAAGAGGAAGAGGAGGAGGAUGAGGAGGAUGAUCUAAAUUAUUGCAAACUCCAAACACUAAAGGAACUGUUUCCACAAAAAAGUGACCAAGAGUUGUUAAAACUGAUAGAAUCAACUGAUACAAUGGAUGGAGCUAUAGCUGCUGGCCUGAAGUUGUUUCAGGAAGGUGAGUCUCGAAAGAGAAAACUUGAGGAAAGCAGCAGCAGUGGUCCUGAAGAAAAUGAUGACCAGAGUACAAAAAAGAAAAAACUUGAUCCUUUGCAAAAUCCUGAAAAUCAGUGGGAAAAACGUGAACACCUGGUAAGCAAAUUGCAUCAAGAAUUUCCCAGCUUGGAUAAAGAGGAACUGAGAGAUGUGCUUCGGGAACACAACUGGAUAUUUCAGGAAGCUCUGGAGUCUCUAAAAGUAUUUAUGGAAGACCAAGAGGAUACACAAUAUCCUUCCAAAAGUGAAGUUUCAAAUGGAAAAGGCGUCUCUGUAAAUAACACCAGCUAUCACCAGAAUGACACUAAUGUGAAGCUGAAACAGAAAUCUUCCACAAAAUCUCAGAACGGCUUCAGAAAAAAAGAUAAAAAGAAAAAAAUCUGGAGUACUAAAAAAGACUCGCAAGAUUCAGAAUUUGAGUCUGCUUCAGAAGCUGGUAGCUCCCUUGAUGAGGACUACAGCAGUGGCAAUGAAGUGAUGGAGGAUGGUUACAGGGCUAAAAUACUGAGCUUCCUGCAAGAUGCUUCCCUGGGUGAACUCACCUUGAUCCCACAGUGUUCUCAGAAAAAGGCUCAGAGGAUAAUAGAACUCCGUCCUUUUAAUAGUUGGGAAGCUCUGUUCACAAAAAUGUGCAAGACCAAUGGUUUGUCAGAAGAUAUAAUAUGGAACUGCAAAAUAUUGCUGAGAGAGAGAGAUGUGGUGCUAAAACUGAUGAACAAAUGUGAAGAGAUUUCAAAUAAACUGACAAAGCAAGUGACGAGGAUCACCAAAGAUGGUGAAGGUGGAUGGAACAUUGACCAACCCUCCAUUCUGAAUCAAAGCAUGGAACUCAAGCCAUAUCAGAAGAUUGGUUUGAAUUGGCUAGCACUGUUACAUAAGCAUUCACUGAAUGGUAUUUUAGCUGAUGAAAUGGGCUUAGGAAAAACCAUUCAAGCAAUUGCAUUUCUGGCGUAUCUUUAUCAACUGGGUGAUGUAGGUCCACAUUUGAUUGUAGUGCCAGCUUCAACAAUCGAUAACUGGAUAAGAGAAGUCAAUCUGUGGUGUCCUGAUCUCCAAGUCUUAUUUUAUUAUGGUUCUCAAGAAGAUAGGAGGCAUCUCAGAAUGGAUAUCCAUAAUAAAAUUGUAGAUUUUAACGUGAUCGUGACGACAUAUAACUGUGCAAUUAGUAGUCCAGAAGAUCGUAGUCUGUUUCGCCGGAUGAAACUUAAUUAUGCAAUCUUUGAUGAAGGUCAUAUGUUAAAAAACAUGGGUUCUGUGCGCUAUCAACACCUGAUGACAAUUAAUGCAAGAAGUCGCUUGCUGCUAACAGGAACUCCGGUUCAAAACAAUCUUUUAGAACUCAUGUCUCUGUUGAAUUUUGUCAUGCCACAUAUGUUCAGUAGUAGCACCAGUGAAAUUCGGAGGAUGUUCUCUUCCAAAGCAAAAGCCAGUGAAGAACAUAGUAUAUAUGAAAAGGAGAGAAUUGCACAUGCCAAGCAGAUAAUAAAACCAUUCAUUCUGAGAAGAGUAAAAGAAGAGGUCCUUAAACAGCUACCUCCCAAAAAGGAUAUUAUUGAAUGCUGUGAAAUGACUGAGAAACAGGAACGACUCUACCAAGCUCUCUUCAGCUCCUUAAAGAAAUCUAUUGACAGUCAAGAAAAGAAUACAGAAAUGGGAAAUGUCAUGAUGCAGCUAAGAAAAAUGGCCAAUCAUCCUCUUUUACAUCGCCAGUAUUAUACAUCUGAGAAACUUAAGGUGAUGUCAAAACUCAUGCUGAAGGAGCCUACACACUGUGAAGCCAACCCCGACCUCAUAUUUGAAGAUAUGUCUAUGAUGACGGACUAUGAACUACAUCUGCUUUGUAAACAGUACGCAAACAUCCGUGACUUCAUGCUUGAGAUGGAUCUGAUUUUGGAUUCUGGAAAAUUUAGAAUAUUGGGACGCAUUUUGUCUGACUUCAAAGAAAAGGGUGAUAGAGUUGUACUGUUUAGCCAAUUUACUAUGAUGUUGGACAUUCUGGAGGUUCUUCUAAAACAUCAGCAACACCGAUACCUUAGGCUGGAUGGAAAGACACAGAUUUCUGACAGGAUACAUCUGAUAGAUGAAUUCAAUUCAGAUAUGGGGAUCUUUGUCUUCCUGCUUUCCACCAAAGCUGGGGGUCUGGGAAUUAAUCUCACCUCUGCCAAUGUGGUUGUCCUUCAUGACAUUGAUUGUAAUCCUUACAAUGAUAAGCAGGCUGAAGACCGAUGCCACAGAGUAGGUCAAACUCGAGAAGUGAAAGUUAUAAGACUCAUAAGCAAAGGGACUAUAGAGGAAUCUAUGCUCAGAAUCAGUCAGCAGAAAUUAAAACUAGAACAAGAUAUGACAGCAGCAGAUGCAGGAGAAGAAGGGGCCAUUCCAGCAGAUAUAGCAACACUAUUAAAAACAUCAUUAGGUCUCUAAUAAUAAUGAUACAAGGAUGAGUGUUGUAGAUAUUUUUUUUUAUUUGAGAAAAAUAAAAUGUGCUUUAAGAACUUUUUAUGUUAAAAUACAUUUGUAUGGACAUUUAUAACUUUUUGUAAUUUCCUUGUUGUAUUGCUCAUGGCUUAGGUUUUUCUUUUCUUUUCCCACUAUUGGUACCUGGAGACAAAAUGUUGAGAUGCCACAAAAAUGUAGUGCAUAAAAUGCCACAUAAGCUAAAUUUGCAAUUUUAAAAUGGGGACCCUACUUUUAACUAAACUGCUAAUGUUUGAAAUUGUUCCAUAUUUUUGUAAUUAUUUCUACCUCCAAAUAUAUAUAAACUGUCUCUUUCACUGGAUGUGUGGUUUUUUUACAUGUGCCUUAUUUGAAAUGCCCAUAUUUGUUGUCUCUUUGCUUGUUUUAUUUGAAGUACUGUAAUGUUUUGUAUCAAAUAGUUCAUUUAAUAAAAAUUGGACCUUAACAGUC